AUGCUCUGGUACUACACUCGCGACGUCCUCUACGAAAUAGAAUUCCUAUCCGGACUCCAGGAAAAGGCGCGUCUCGCGCAAGAGUCGGCUGGUUGGGAGUUCUCCGUCAUCGGAUUUCUCGAUGUCAACUACUACACCCGCUUAGCCGCGGUCGGCUUGCCUCUGGGCAUUCUCCCCCGGGGCGAGACCAUCUGCGCGCACACAAUCAAUAUGCCGCCAGGUAGCGUGUUCUUGAUGCCCAAUAUGCUAGAGGAUUGGCGGUUCAAAGAUUCACCAUAUGUAGAGUCCGGCAAGCUCCAUGCUUAUGCCGGCGCACCACUUCGCCUGCAGAGCGAAUCAGGCGUCACUGUCGCUUUAGGAUCACUUUGCGUGGCCUCAGGCGCGAGCCAGCCGCCAUUGACCAAGACGAAGCAACGCGCGAUUGCGCACCUGGCUGACUGGAUCGUAUCGGACCUAGUACAGUGCGCCAGAGUGAGGCGGCAACGGCAGCGUCGCCACAUGGCCGACCUCAUUGCCGCCGCACAGGUUGAUCUGGACCGAGUUCUGGACGAGCGGCCCAUCCUCCAUGUCUUGGAGACUAUUUAUCCAGAAGCGGUCAUCAGCCGCGAAUCAGCCAAGGCCACUCAUCUGGAGGUUCAAGGGCGCGGGCCGUUAGUCAUCGCAGAUUUCGAUGACGGUGUAUGGGAGGACACCGACUACAUCGAUGAAUUCAUCGCUCAGUCCAACUGCUUCGAGCUCCCAACUAAUAGGGUUGUGAGGAUCUUGAGUGCUAGGUUCGACGGGACAUCAGGCUCCAACUUACUCGCUGUGGCAUCGAAUGACUUCCGGUUGGUUUUCGACGACAUCGAUCUUUGGUUUAUUCAGACUUGUGCCAGUUUGAUAUCCCAGGCAUGGCACAAGCGGCUUCUCAACGAAGCUAUCAAAGCCAAGGAUGAAUUCCUCCGUGGAUUCUCACACCAACUCCGAACUCCGAUUCAUGGCAUUCUCGGAUGCGUGGAGCUGCUGUCCGAAGAAUUAUCAACGCGAAAGGCAGCGUUAGGAGCACUCUCCGUGUCCGCAUCAUCCGCCAACGCUGGAACUUCGAAUCUAUAUCUUGAAUCAAUCAAGACGUCAGGCCGAGACCUGAUAGCUAUUGUCAACAGUAUGAUUACGCUCAACGAUGGGCCGAGAUUGCGAUGGCGGAAAGGUCCUAUGCCGCAUGUUCACUUCAAGAAGUCGAGGCCGAUCUGGCAGAGGAAACCAGUAAAGCGUUUUCUGGAGACAGCAGAUACCGGCCGUCGGUUCUCUUCAGCUGCGCUCCGUCACCAGAUUGCAACGAAUUCCAGGCUGAUCGCAGCCUGCUCCGAGACAGUCUACUGCCCCUCAUUGUCAACGCUGUGCAGAACACACCAGAGGGCAUUGUGA